UAUUAUUAAGUAUUUCCUGUGCUAAGGAUUCGCGUUAUAUGCAUAAUGUCAUAUGAAUCUUUGGUGUUAAACUGAAUAGCGUGUAUUAAUAUAUGUAUUAAAAUAAACUUGACAAUAGAUCUGGUAAAAUGGAAAAAAAAAAUUCUGCUGCAUCUCUUUUAACAAUGCUAGUUCUUCUUGGGCAAAGCUGCGGUGCUAAAGUGCUCAAUAGCUCUGGAACUGCCGGGAAAAAUCUUGACGCGCAGACGCUUGUGAAUUUUGGACGAGAAUUUAAUUAUUCCUUGAUCACGAUGAUUGGAAGAGUGAUAGAAAAUUAUCACGCAUGUACUGCGUGGUCAGAAUGGACUGAAUGUGGCACCAUAUUAGCUGAUUUCUUCUCGACAAGAACGAGAACCAGACACUGUGUGGGCAAGGAAGAAACAAACAUUCACCGUAAUGAAAUAGAGACAGGUGUGUGUGAAGGUAGAGCUAAAAACCCGUGCCCCCUGAGUUAUGAUAUGACAACAAAUGGAUUUUGCCUGAAAUUGUAUAAAGACACCAAAUCUAAUUCGGAAGCAGAAGCCGUGUGCAAGAGUGACGGGGGAUACCUUGUUAACAUUGAUUCGGAUCAAAAGUAUGAUAACGUAAAGUCUAUACUGAUGGCCAAUAAUAUAACUUCACAAAUACACAUUGACGGCAGCCGUGCUAACUCUCAGUGGAAGUUUUCUUAUGGCAUUGCAAACGGAUAUUUUCACUGGUUACCAAGUUUUCCAUCCGCAACCUCUUUGUAUGACUGUUUACGCCUAACUGGAAACAGACCUGAAGCAAAACGUCGAUUCCGUACUUACAACUUCUUAUGCGAUAGUGGUCCGAUUUCUUUCAUAUGCGAAAUCGUUUUCAAAACUGAUAGUAGCUAUACAAAAUGA